CGGUUUGCAAAAAACAAAAGCUAUCUAUAUCUGUCACUAGUGACACUUUCGCGUGCGAGAUCGCACAGAUCUUUCAGGCCUGUCUCAAUUCAAAAUUUUCGUGCAUAAUGGCAAAUUAAUCUACCCGGCUCUUCGUCAAGUGCCGGCUUUGUCAUUGCCUAUAAUGGACUAUUAACAUUAUAAUUAAGUCUUCGAACAUGAAAAAAUAUGAGAUCCAUUAUGUGAGCGCUAACACAAAUCGCGCCGACCGAAAAGAAAUCUAUCCUUCAGAGAUUCGAGAAGAAAUACAUGCACGUUUAUGAGCAAUAUAUUGUAACGCAAAGUGUCAAGAAAUUAAAAAAUGGCAAGCCGACAUCCGCGACCCGGACCUUCGGGUCUCACAAAGACGCAGCAACUACGGCAAGCAAAAAGUGCCGCUCUGAUGAGAGAAUAUGAACGCAAACGAGAGGCGGGUAGACAGCCACCGGUUGCGGAAACUGUCAAAGUGAAGACGAAAUAUCGCGCCGAGCCGAAGAAAGUCGAGUUUACUAAACCCGCAAUGACGAAGACGAUGCUAGCGCGAGUUAAGCAUGCGGAAAAAUUUAAACAGGAAUACGAGCGCAAACGGGAAGAGACGAUGCCGCUGCGAAGAGUACCACGAAGAACACCCGCGCCGAUCAGCGGCGAUCCUAGACUUGGCAGGGAGAGGAUACGCGCUCCCCCGAGACGCAUGCCAUCUCCGCCGAGACCAAGAAGACCUGUACCAGAGCCACUUCCAGAGAUUCCAGAAAAGACGAGAGAACUGGCAAGAUCGAUGAACGCACAAGUGAUUCAGGCCGAGCCGGUUGGCGAAGGUCUGAUUGAUAGUGUUAUAAUACCGCCAAAUACGGUGAGCGAAAAUCGCACCACCAUUGUUAGCAUCCCUCAACCCAUGGCCGAAGCGCCAAUAUCUGAAGUGGCGAACCGUUCGAUUCAAGUCAUCAGCGAAACGCUCGACGAGCAAGACGCGGCGGAAGCAGCUACUGUACAAAACAAGUUGGAAGACUUGCAGCAAGCGAGACGAGGUUUUGUCAUGGCCGUGGCGAAUGUCGGCGGCAAUGCUGUGCAACUCGCCGAAGAAAGGCCUAGAUACAUUUACAAAGUCCCGGACAUCGAGAGCGAGAUGUUUCGCAUCGAGUACGGGAGAGAACAUCCGAGUGUUGUAGCGGCUCGAGAAUUUGCACAAAGAAGCAUGGCCGGUAUUAGAGAAAGAGAGGAAGCUCGUAGACGCGAGCAAGAGUUUGAGAGAAUUGCCAGAGAACCGUUACCGGAAGAUUUGCGUUUCGACGUUCCGUUCGAGGAAGAGUUUUACCGCGAAGGCGACAUAUCCUGGGAAGAGGAAGGUGACAUACCGCGCCCGUCCAGAAUAAAAGCUUCUUUGCGCGACUUACCGAGACGCGAUGAGCCUUACGAAUAUCCUACUUUCGACCCCGAGGAGCUCGAGAGGUUUUUCGACGUGGAACGAUAUCCAAUUAGUCCGUACCGUGGACCACCGCCUGGUCGCGAGCAUCUUCAUCCUGAUCUCUGGGAGCUGGAAGAUCCUUGGGCCAUGUAUGGAGUUCGUCCGCAGGAAGACGUGUCCGAUCUCAUGCGUUUCGAAAGUUCUUAAUCUUUUACCUACUUACAUGAGCCGCAUCUACUAACAUAAACAAGACUCAAUCAAGAAAAGAGAUCUAUAUCCAUCUAUAAGUUUUAAGAAUUUACAGUCCGUCCAUAUGCAAUAUUUGUUGUAAAUUAAAAUUAUCUUGUACAUAAUUUGCAAAAUAUACCAUACUGUAUAGUGAUUAAAUGCUUCUCUUGA